CCUCACGUCCUUUCAGAAACCACCAAAAAUUCACGCGCGGAUAGCACGUGUUGUGCUUCGCUCCUCUCUCUCUCUCUCGGUCGCUUGCCAUCAUAUUAUCAGAUCAGAUUCAUCACGGAAGAAGAAAGAAAAAGAAAAUAAAAAUAAAAUGUCAGGUUCCACCAUGGUGGGAGAUGCAAGCUCAUGGUCCAGCGCUCUCCUCAGGAUAUCACCUUACACCUUCUCCGCCAUCGGAAUCGCCAUCUCCAUCGGCGUCUCCGUUCUCGGCGCCGCCUGGGGGAUUUAUAUAACUGGUAGUAGCUUGAUCGGUGCUGCGAUUAAGGCUCCACGUAUCACGUCCAAAAAUCUCAUCAGUGUAAUUUUUUGUGAAGCAGUUGCUAUAUAUGGUGUUAUUGUUGCAAUUAUUUUACAAACAAAGUUAGAAAGUGUUCCAGCUUCAAAAAUAUAUGCACCAGAGUCACUUAGAGCUGGAUACGCCAUCUUUGCUUCUGGAAUCAUUGUUGGCUUUGCUAACCUUGUCUGCGGGUUGUGUGUAGGAAUAAUUGGAAGCAGCUGUGCAUUGUCUGAUGCUCAAAACUCCUCACUUUUUGUGAAGAUUCUAGUGAUUGAGAUCUUCGGCAGUGCCCUUGGGUUGUUUGGAGUAAUUGUGGGAAUAAUUAUGUCAGCUCAAGCAUCAUGGCCUUCAAAAUGAGUCUAAUUUCUUGUUUUGUUUGUAUUGUGACAGUUGAACUAUAUGAGCGUGCACUCCAUUUUGUGUACUUUCAAACAAAACUUUUUUAUGUUGUUGCUUUAUUGUUACUAGUAGGAAUGUAAAAACCCGUGUGGGAAUGCUAUGUUCUUUGUUUU